AUGUUUUGUGAGCAUCCCGAUAGGAUCCUUCAGCGCAUUGUGCUACUUGCGCCUCAUGUCAGGCAGAUUGCAUUGCAGAUCAGCGCGUUUGGUGAGCGGGGUCCUCAAGAGGAUUUUAAUGAAACGAUCAAGUUAAAGCCGCAAACCGAGAUUAAAGAGACACCCUUUCCCGCUAAAAUUGAAUCACUAUCGUGGCCUCUCAAUACCAAAAUGACAGCCGAGCAGUUCCAGGAGUUGCAAAAAAUUACGGAUUUUAGUUUCCUGAGAUCGUGGACUGUCGGCUGUAUUGAAGACUCGACGCUACUUCAGACCAUCGUGAAUAUCCACCCUUUCCGGCAGUUGAGCCGACUCACCCUCGCCUUAUUCCAACCGGAGGCGGACGACCAAGGAUUUUGGCCCGCUGCGGAGUCGAUGUUCAAAUCCCUGCCCCCAUUGACGUAUCUCUGUCUUUUGGGCGCAUAUGCCCCCAACUUCCUAAGUGGUGCGGUCCUUUGUUGGCAUGGACCAACACUGCUCGAGUUGAAAGUGCACAAGGGAUCCCAUACAUGGACUGAUCAAGACCUGCGUAGACUUUCAGGUAAGGGACAGAUUGGGCCUAUAUUUUCAUCCCAGGAUAUUUUGGAGGUGGCAGGCCAAUGUCCAUCUCUACGGAAGCUGUGGAUCUGUCUACAAAGAUACCGAGGUCUCGAGUCGGAUGUCUACGCCGCAUUAGGCCGGUUCCCAUGCCUUGUGGAGCUCGACCUAGUGCUGAACUGCGUGCCUGAAAUGGGUGUCAACAAGAUGCCGAUCACGCCCCGUGACUUGACCGAGUUUGAAAAAGGCCUAAUAGCGGAUCGUUGGAAUGAGUGCCUUAGAUGGUUUACUCGGGACUGUAUGAUCAAUUGUGCUAUUGACGAGACUCUGGCCAAAGCAAUUUUCACACACAUACUCGCAAACCAGGAUGCAAGACGCCUUCUACAGCUGAGGAUUCACCCUCUGUAUGGCCAAAGGAAGAAAUAUUCUUACAACGGCCCAGGUGGGAGAAACAGAGCCCUGCACUUUGAUUUCGAGUUUCUCAAACUGCUGGCUCCCACCUGGACGGUUAAACUUGAAUUUCUGACAGGGCUGAGAGCGACAAAGUGCGUCCAGCCUCGCCUCCACCCAGAUCGUUUUCAAGAUGAUACAUUAUCAAUCUUCAAAUCCAUUUGGACAACCGAACCGGACGCCAAUACCUGGCCGCUUGAUUGGCAUAGCUGGCCUCUACAAUCAGUGUAG